CACCAGAAGGCAGCGCUGUUUUGUGCUGAGAUAUCACGUGUCAGAAUGCCAUUUAAUGUUUUGAGUCGAAAAAGCCUACUGGACACGAUUCUUACUUUCACUUUCCACAAAACGAAAAUAGAAAGAGUAAGCAACAGUAAAGGCAUAUGUGACAUUACAGCGACGUGCUUGAUUUCUAAAACACUGUAGAAGGGCUUGACAGCCAUACAGCGGCAAUCGCCGAAGACUGAACUAUCUGGUCCAUUUGUACGUCACGCUCAGAUGACAUCCAGAACAAGAUAGUAAACACACGACACUGGGCUGGCAUUUUAUGAAGUUCGUUGGUCCGUUCCCUUUUGUGAACUUUUUUUUUUAAUAGGGAGCAGCCGAAAGAAGAAGAAGAAGAAGAAGAAGAAGAAGUGACCGAAUGCUGGAAAACAGCGGCCAACACAGACCAGAGGAACGGAGGACCUGCUUGUUACAGUACAGUAGCUCGUUCGGAUUGCACAAGAUCACCCCAGCUGGCUGUCAUGUGUGCCCAGAUGGCAUGUAUGGCUUACAUGACGGAAUGUGUCUCAUUGAACUGAUUUCAAACUGUAAAAAAGUGCGGCGCGUCCACCGAUGUAGUUGCUUCUCUUCCGUGGCCGUGUUCGUGAAUUCAUCGGUGCGCUGGGCUGAAUAAAUAAUUGAAGAAGUGGUUAUGGAAAUGGGAAAUGGACAUGUGAAGCAAUGAUGACAAAGAAAUUCUGGAUAUAUUUGUAUAUUUUGAUUGACCAGGAAGGGGUCAUUAAUGUAGGAAUGGAUGAAAAAUGGCCAGCUUCGUGGACAAAUUCAAGAUUUAAAAAUCACGUGGAAAAGCAGGUCAUAUUUGGAGUAGGUGAUGCGAAGUAUUUGUUUUACUGCCCAGCAGCAGUGCUAGGGUAAAAACAAUUAAAUUCUACAAUAUUGGUUUGCAUUUUAGAAGAAAAAGAAAACAAACAGCUUGAGAAAAUGGCAUUAUGUUUAAAGAAAAGGCUUCCAGAAAAUAACUUUUACACUGAAUUUAACAACACAAUCAGAAGCUUUAAGACCCUGCUUUGUUUUGGCCUCUCUCAGUCAAGCAAGAAAAUUUGGUCCCUCUGGGGAUACAUGUACAACAGUCCAAAGAAGAGCCAUGCUGAAAGAAUCUUGCUGCAGACAGUGGAGAGCUUCUUCAGUGAAAAUCCAGCUGAAGCAAUAAAGCAGUACACAUUGGCAAUAUAUAUUUCUUUCAGCCCUUGCUCCAAGUGCUGUGACAGUCUGAUCGAUUUUAUGAGAUUACAUAACAGGAUUCACCUGGAUGUCAGGAUUUCUAAACUGUAUUUUCCACAAAAUUCCCUUAACCAGGAAGGGCUGAAGCGACUCAGGCUUUCAGGAGUUUCUCUCCGCAUGAUGGACAGGGAUGAUUUCAGUGAAUGUUUCUAUCUUUUUGUCAAUCAGCAAAAGCUGUUUAUACCUUGGUGUGACCUGGAGAAUGAAACAAAGAAGUAUUCUGCAGCAUUGUGUUACAUCCUGAAUCAGGAUGAGGAUACUAAAAAUCUUGAAAAAGUUUGUCCAGAGUCAACUCAUUGCGAGAUCAUGUCACAUAAAAGACAAAAUGGCGUCUUGGAUCAACUUCUUUGGGAAGACCAGUGCACCCCUUCAAAAAAUGAAAGAGAAGAGCCUUCUGGAAGUGAAAUGCAAAAGAAACGAAAACUGAACUAUGAGUGUGGUGAAAAAGCAAAUGAUGUUAAGCGAAGAUUGUUUUUUGAUGACUGAACAUUACAGAUAAGAUUUCUGCUGCUGUCUUUUUCCAUGUACUGUAUGCAGAGAAGUUCAGGAAUUAGACUGUGUGGCAUCAUUUACAAUUAAUGAUUCGGUCAAACUAUAUCAACGAACAUGGUAUUUUUAAUAUAAAGAAAUCAGUCAUAUUAUUCUCUGUCAUGUCCACACAAGAAAAAAAAAGCAUUAGCAAAGUCUUGUACAUAAUCUGUUCUAGUCUAUCAUAAAACAUUUAAUAUUUUAUUGAAUCGGAAGGGAUACAGAUCUACCAAAGUGCCAAAUCAUAUGUGUAUGGCAGCUUGUUUUACUUUAGUCAAAUUUGUUUUAAUUCAGCGCUGGUACAUCUCUCCCCUGCUUUUUUAUGCAACACAUUUAACAGAUUUGCAUUUGGUGAGGAGAUAUGAUGUAAAACUUCUGUUUAGUUUCAGAGAACUUCCACUAGUCAUACCCUACAUACUCAAAAACAGAACAUAUAACCAGACAAUUAUGAGGAUGGUACUAUCAGCAAAAUAAAAAUAGAAAAAUAGAUGUAAAUGCAAUGCAUCGCUGAUAAGAUUUUCACUGUAUUCUGUUCACUUGACAAUAAACUCACCAUGAACUUGAAAUGUCAUUCUUUGAAUACAUUUUCUUUUAGUUAAAUAUAUUCCUGAAAUACAAUUUUUCUCACAUCUUUAAUGUUAAACAGAGGAUACAUUUUCAAAUAUUAAGAUGUAUUUUACUGCUUAUGUAAGCUUUAAAAUUAGACUAAUUU